CAACUCAAUGUCAGAAUCUAACAGAUCAACUCCAAACGCUCCCAAGAGACCAGUUGCUAGACAUGCCUGUUUAGCGUGCAGAGAGAAAAAAAUCAAGUGUGAUGGUGAAAUUGCUCCACAACCUGGUGAAAAAGCUGGUGAAGUCAAACAUCAACGUUGUUCCAAUUGUAAGCUGCUAAAUAUAGAGUGUGUGUUUGUGCGAAGUCUACGUGGUGGUAGAAGAAAGAAACCUCAGGAUGGCAAAAGUACAGAAAGCUCAACUCCAGGUGGAUCUACGCCGUCAGGGAUCCCAAAAGCACCUUCAUCAACUUCACAAAAACCUACAAGCAUCAAUUUACAGAAUUUACAGAGUCUACAAAAUGGUGGAUUCCUUUCGCAAAGCCCAGCUGGCUCAAUUGCUUAUAGCAUAGCUUCAAAAUCUUCAACGGGCAAAAGUUUGGAUCCACCUGCCAACAUCAUGUCCAAUGUAUCAUCACCAUACUUCAAUAAUGGGAACAUGUCACCUCUUGUGACACCGGGAUCUGAAAGUUCAGCCAAUACAUCCUCUACAUUGCAAGAAAAGGUCCGUGCUCUACAGCGUGAAGCUGCCAGUAUUCAAUCUCAACUAUGUGGAGAGACUCCAGAAACUCCAUCAGGCUCAUCAAGAGGUGCUUCUGAUUAUUAUUCAUUACCACCACCUCGCGGAGAAAACAACCAACACCAACAGCAUUCAUACCAUCCUCAUCAUCCACCACCACCACCGCCUCAAGGUCCACAUGGAUUUCCACCUCCACCACCGUUGAUGCAUUCUCAUCAUUUCCCACCACCUCCUCCGCCUUUUGCUCAUAAUAGAGAUCCAAAUUAUAGAGAGUGGGAAGAUAGUUUCCAUGGAUCAUCAUUACCUCCACCUCCUCCACCACCUCAUCAUCAUCACCACCAUCAUCAUGCUGCUAGUCCAUACGACCAACAUCCACAUUAUCCUCCACCACCAGGUCCACACCCACCUCCUCCACCAGGACUCCAAGGAGAAUCAACUUUACCUCCAACACAUCUCGUGGUAGUUAUCCAGAUGACAAUGAUGAAUUUCAAAGGAAAAGAACAUUUUCCAGCAGAGGAUCAAAAGAGACACAAAUAA